AGCGGCUGCGGGGAGCAGCAGCAGCGGCGGCGACAGCUGGGGCUGCCGCACUCAAUGAGCGGCGCUCCCGCAGCCGCCCGCCCCGCUCGCCCCUUCCCCGCCUCCCGAGGGCAGCCAGCCCGCCGCCGCCGGGGGCUGGAGGCUGAAGCGGGCACAGGCAGCUCCGGCUCUCCCCGAGGAGGAGGAGGAGGAGGCGGCGGCGGGGACUGCAGGCAAAUGAGAAAGCAAAUCUCUUGAAACAUAAGCAGUGGUACUUCCCUGGAGGGAGGAGAUGGGGAUUCUCCUGUUGCUCUGAGUGUUGCCAGGUGCCAGAAGUGGUCCCCGGUGGUGGUGGUGGUGGACAGUUAUUCUGAGUGACGGCCCUUGCUCACGCUUCUGAGUGGUUAUCAUGGGCUUCAUUGCCUUUCUGAAGACCCAGUUCAUAGUUCACCUCCUCAUUGGGUUCGUCUUUGUUGUGAGUGGACUGAUCAUUAACUUCAUUCAACUAUGCACGCUAGUCCUCUGGCCCAUAAACAAGCAGUUUUAUCGCCGAGUAAACUGUCGCCUUGCCUAUUCCCUUUGGAGCCAGUUGGUAAUGCUGCUGGAAUGGUGGUCAGGCACAGAGUGCACCUUGUUCUCAGACGAGGCCACGGUGAACACCUUUGGGAAAGAACAUGUCAUCAUCAUCUUGAAUCACAACUUUGAGAUCGACUUCUUGUGCGGCUGGACCAUGACGGAGCGCUUCGGAGUGCUGGGGAGUUCCAAAGUCCUUGCUAAGAGAGAGCUACUAUAUGUGCCCCUAAUCGGUUGGACAUGGUACUUCCUCGAGAUUGUUUUCUGCAAAAGGAAAUGGGAAGAAGACAGAGAUACAGUUAUUGAAGGGUUAAAACGUUUGUCUGAUUACCCUGAAUAUAUGUGGUUUCUCCUGUACUGCGAAGGAACUCGUUUUACAGAGACCAAGCACCGUAUCAGUAUGGAAGUAGCUGAAUCCAAGGGGUUGCCUAAACUGAAAUACCACCUGUUGCCCAGAACCAAAGGUUUCACCACUGCUGUCCAGUGUCUCAGGGGAACAGUUUCAGCAGUGUAUGAUGUAACACUAAAUUUCAGAGGAAACAAGAACCCAUCUUUAUUAGGAAUUCUUUAUGGGAAGAAAUAUGAAGCAGAUAUGUGUGUAAGGAGAUUUCCUCUGGAAGAUAUCCCUCAAGAUGAAAAGGAAGCUGCAAACUGGCUUCAUAAGCUUUACCAGGAGAAGGAUGCUUUGCAAGAGAUGUAUAAUCAGGAAGGCAUAUUUCCUGGCAAGCAGUUUAAACCUCCUAGGAGACCAUGGACUCUCCUAAAUUUUCUUUUUUGGGCCACAGUUCUCCUCUCUCCUCUCUUCACAUUUGGCUUUGGAGUUUUUGCAAGUGGAUCACCUCUCCUUAUCCUUGCAUUCCUAGGACUUGUUGGAGCAGCUUCCUUUGGAGUUCGUAGACUGAUAGGAGUAACUGAAAUAGAAAAAGGCUCCAGCUAUGGCAACCAGGAAUUCAAGAAAAAGGAGUAACUGACAGCUGCAGUUCAGCACAUAUAACCAGACUAUGGUAUCCCAUUAACUUCAGUUAAAAAAAAAAAACAACAAACACUUAGAAACUAUCUUUUUCUUAAUAACUGAUGACUAAUAUUAAUGAAUAAAACUUGAGCCAAGAAUGAAGACGUUGGAGGCAUCGACUGAAGAGAACACGUGAACCUUCUGCCUGUUUAAGGAUUACUGUAAUCAAGCUAUGGGAGAAAAUCUGGGGUGGGGUGGAAGAAGAAACUAAUUUUUCUUGCUUUGUUGGGGGACUUGUGGUGGGGGAGAAAAGGCCACAUGGCCACGUGUGUCUUCAGAUGACUGAAAACACUGGUUUCUGUCAAGAGCACUACACUCACUUUUACAACAGGAGCCAUUGAAUGUUUCCUCUUGCUAAAGCCAACGUAACGUUUAUUGAUUUCCAACUUCUUUUACUAAUGAGCCAGGAAAAAACACCCUUCUUAAAUUAACUGACAGGUGUUCAUGGGGUUAGAGUCAUUUUGGCUGUGUUGUCAUGGCUACAGAUGAAAUCCUAUUUGUACGUUACACUGAUGCUUUUUAUUUUCAGGCAACGUCUUAAAACUUCCGUAAUGAGGGAGAACAGAUAGUGGAGUUUGGAAGCAGUGCAUUAUUCAUCAGCAGUUCCCACAGAACAGAUCCGUGCUGAGACAGUACAAAAUUCCCAUCACAUCUCCUGCUUAACUGCUCAAGGCUGUUUAAUUUCAAAAUAUUACUUUAGUCUUGAGUGCUGUUUGCCCUAUUUCACAUCAUGUAUGAUAAUUUUGAAUCUGUUUGGGCUUGUUUUGUUUUUUUGAAUCAAUGAUUGACCAUGAGAUUUGGAGUUGUGCAAAGAAGGAAAUUUAUUCAGUUGUCCUGAAUGAUUUCUCCUUUUAUUUCUGCUUGCAUCUCUCAUUACCAAAGUCCAGUUCAGCCAACCUCUCGCAGUAAACUGGGAGGCAACAGCAGAAAUCAGCACAAUAGUUUUCAAAAUGUCUUCUUUUGACAAAAAUGCAAAAAGGAGAGGUCUGGAGCAGUCAGAUUUCAAAUGCUGCCGUCUCUUGAACUUGUAAUGAGAGUUUCAGCAGUGAUUCAGACGGGGCCAGGAUCUUACCCUGUGUGUGUAAGAAUAGGGUGUGCUGCACUUUUGACUUGGCCAUGCUUUAGAUGUUCAUGUGAAGUUAUACUGCAAGGUAAGCUGUGCUGUUAAGCAUUAGAAAGAGUAUGAGGUCUCUUCAGGGAUUUUAAGUAUCUUUAGUUUUGCUUGUUGACAUUUUGGAGUUUUUUUUCACUGAAAAUUAGAGAUCAGAAUCAUGUCUGUUAUCUGUCUCUCUCCUUUUUUUUCUUUCUUUUUUUCCUUUUUCUUUUUUUACAAACGCACAUUCAGAGAUUUUUGUAGAUUGCUGCUGUAUGCAGAGCUGGAGAACUGUUUGCAAACAGAUGGUAACUACCUGUAUGUUCAAGUCUGAAGGUCACAAUCUGCAUUUGGCUGCACUGAGAAGUGGGUGAAAUGAGUUGCAGAUUUACAACUGAGGGCAGAAGUUGACCCUCAGGGUCUGUAUCUUUAACCCAGCUGCCACUAGAAUAUUUGUCUCACUUUUGUAAAGAACAGAUCUUAUCAAAGCACUGGUUGUUGUUUUCAUCUUUGCUCCAGUAACCAAGAGAAGAGAGUAAUAAUUUACCUACUUUUCGUAUUUACUCUUAACUGUUGGAAUGUAACCUCUUCUCCCACAGGUUUUUCUGUUUCCAAACACUGGAAGAGCAAUUUUAUAACUUAGAAAAAUAUUUUACUUGGGCUCAUUGAUCACUGUUCUGUCAUGCACUUGGUUUUUAUUUGUGGUCUUUUCAACAAGAGCAUUUGAAGGAUGACCUAUGUUGUCUGUCUCCUGUUAGGCUCAACCUUGCUGAAUCCUUGUACCCAGACCCCCAGCAUUAGUAUGUCAUCUUUGUCCCCUCAAUAAAUCUUCCCUAAGAUAGGGGAUGCAAAACUGUUGCUAAUGUUAGUGGAAUUUGGAAUAUGCCUUGGGAAUUGAGAAGAACAGAGCCCAGCCAUGACUCUGUUGUCCUUGCUGGAUGUUUUUGUACUUUGUCUCUAAAUACAGUCAGACAUCCCAGUGCUGAUAAAGUUAACUCUGGCUUUUCCCUAUUUUUAACAGGAGGACUAAGAACAGUGGGGUUUCUUUCUUUCUUUUCUUUCUUUUUUUUCUUGAGUAAUUCAGUAAUGGGUAUAAUUCUUGCUUCCUAGAAAGAUGUUACAAAUGCUGUAUACUUGCUUCCUGAAGAUGAUAUUGAGUAUAUAUAAAUUGUACUGGCUUAGCAGAAGAGGCUUGCAAAGCAGGCUGACCACUGACUAUGUUUUAUACUCUACAUUUUGAACAGUAUAUUAAUGGGCAUGACAAGAAUUUCACAAAAUAAAUCCCUUCUUAAUGCUGAGAAGAGGGGAGCUGCUUAGAGGAGAAGGGAAUUAAUAACCUUUCUCUUUACAGGAUCCUUUUCUCCUCUUAGUGCAUGUAACUCCCUAUUCAGAAUCAUGGGAUUAGUGCAUGUACAUCAAGGGGAGAAUAAUCAACAUUUCAUAUUUUCUUAUCAUAACUUAUUGGUCAUGCUUUCUUUUUGAAAAUAUAAUAAAUACAUCAUCAGAUACUUAAAUUUUGCUCUUCUAAACAGACAUAUCAGUAACCUCUUGAAAAACUGAAACAUACAGCAGUGCACAAACCAGUAUGAAACCAACAGAAAUCUCUUCAUUUUGAAUUUUAUCUCCUCAAAUAAGGGUUUUUAUACACGCGUGCGCACACGUACACGGAGUAUGUAUAAAUUAAAAUGACUGAAAAUAGCUGAAGUUAAUGUCACUAAUGAAGAUUAGCAGCUGGAUUGGGUUGAAGAAGUGAGCAUAGGUUUUAUAUCUUAUUUUCUUCUGGUUUAAUAGAACAUAGCUUGUAUAUUUGACUACCAAGCCCUUUAAGAGCAAUAAUAAACAAAAAUAUAUCAUGUUUUCCGUCUUUUUGCUUUUCAACCACGAUAGGUUUAAUAAAAUUACAGCUAUGAGAGCGUUUUCUCUCUCCACCUUUCAGAAUUUUCAUUUAUUGCUUAAUUGUUCAGAGUAAAUUCCGUGUUCUCCAGUGUGGACUUGCAAGCUGACUGCCAUGGAGUGCAGCAUUGACUCCGAAAAGGAAUGGUUCUCAGACUUACGUGGACAGAUGGUACAUGUGUGCUUUUGGCCUUGGCCAUGAAGAACAGGGAUGUUGCUCUCCAAGUGGGAUUUAUAGUUCCAAAGCAGCAUCGUGUUGACCUACGUCUAAGAACCCUCGGAAGCUGCUGGCAUUGUGGCAUCUUGGUUAGGAAGGCACAAAAAGCUGAUGCUGAAGAGGGACCUGAUACCCAGAGGUCUUGGCUCGGUGGGAUUACAGUUCUCUCUUGCUCAUUGUGGGCUGAAUGUGCUCUUGCAGUUGACGUUGCAUCACUGAGUGAAAUACCUGUCUCCAGCACAAAGAGCAUGGGCAACGUUCCUUUGUUCUGCUUUAAAUUACCUUGAAGGGCUCUACACUUAAUUGCUGACCAAUGAAUCUGACUGCUGCCUGUGUCCUAAUUGCCCAGAAUUCACAGGAAAAGUGAGUGUGCCUGCUCACUUCCCCGUAAUACCACUUGUCUCCAUCACCGAUGUCUGUAUUUUUGCUCGCCUGUAUCUUCUGCAGAUGGUUUGAUUGCGACCUCUCAGCUGGAACUCUGAGCUCACCAGUUCAACCAGUCCGGCAGAAAUCGUCUCACACAGCUGGGGUUUUGUCUUCCUGAAUUUUGGCGCUGGUUGACGUGCUCUGCAGGUCUGAAGUGACACAGCCGCGUUGCUGUUACGCGAUAGUGCAACUUUGCUAGUUCAGAGCAAAACUUUUAUCAGGGAAAAGAAGCCCUUCCCAGGCCUGCUCAUACAGGCCAUCCCUACCUGGCAACAGGUCUCUCUGGCACUGGUGAAACCAACAGAAAGGAGUUGGGGCAAGGUCUUUACCAAGGGUUAGAGUAACUCUCAAGCGGGAGUAACUGUGCCUAAAGGUACUGUUUCUGUCUUGGGACCGCACAACAGAUCUGGUUUUGCUUCAUGUACAUUUUGAUUAAAGAAGUGUGGAGUCCGAGGCUUUUAGUAACACUGAGUUCACACUACACAGGGUGUUUCAGAUUGAAGACAGAUAAUCUCAUGUCUCCUGGCAUCUUGGAAAAGUGUGUAUUAAGAAGUGUAAAGCCAAGCUUGGGCAGACCUCACCCAUGUGUUUCAUGCAGAUGCUGGAGGCCAGUGCCGAUAAAAGUGAAAAAUCCAUUCCUUGACCUCCUUUUGAAGAUCAGAUGCAGUGCUGUAGCUCAUUGUCUCCUGGGUGCCACGUGCUUGUGUCCCUUGGUGUGAAGGUUCUGUUUCACAGCAGAUGAUUGCUACACGUUCUGGUUUGUGGCUGCAUGAAGAAGCCCCAUCCCUGUUACGGCAACGCUGAAUUUGUGCUCUGUCCCAGCUACUUGUUUCUGUAUUUCUGAACUUUUUGAUCAUAAUGGGCAGCUCCAGGGCUGUUGGGGCUGAGUGAACCCGGGAUGUGAAGCAGGGGACAGCCAUGCUGAGAGCUGCAGGAUGCAUCACAGAAGGGAGGAGGAACACCACCAGCAGGUCCAGCCAAAUUCUUUCUCUGAGAAAACUGAGUGAUUACCAGGAACGCUGCAAACCAGAGAUAAGUGUGUGUAUGUGGGAGGCAAAUUCUGACUCAAAUAUGAGUGUGAGAUCUCCCUGUGGCAACUUACAAGAUAACCCUUGCCAUGUUCACAUGAUUGGGGUCAGAAUUCGUCUUAAAGGCUUGUUAGAGAUGGUAACUCUCAUUCUGCCACACUCCCUCCCUGUUUGUCUCGAAGGACAGUUUAUCUGAUUGACUCAGCAGUCUCUGCAGCAAGAUCCUUGCAGAUUGUUGGUUGUGGGGUUUUUUUACCUGCUGUGGUUUUGAGGGAAAACAUUCUGGAAGUCAGGGUUACAGGGUCUGUGCCACGUUUGUUAGCCACCAGAAAAUGACUUGAAGGUAUUUCAUACUUUGGAAUUGGGAAGAGAGUGGAUUGGCACCUGUAAGACAAACAUGUCAUGUUUCUCUUAUCCUCAGCCUCUCUAGAUUUAUGGAAAGCUGCCUGUAUUUCUUAAAAUGUUAGACCUGUAGUUACCAGCUACUCUUCCGUUUUUGAAACUGUGAACAAAGUUAAUCUGUGCACUUUCACUGUUGAAAGCACUUGAGUGUAGCUGAUUGUCUACUUCUAAAAAGCUUUACAUUAGCAGAAACAGCAUUUUAUCUUUUUAGGAGGAAAUGUAUUUUAAAAAUAGACACUUGGGCAGAAACCAGAAUAUAAUAGUACUUUUAAAAUUUAAAUAUAAAAUUUUAAAAUAUACAGCAAAUUUUAAUUAGAAGUAUUCUUUAGUACAGGGGCUACCACUACCAAUUGGCAGUCUUACACAAGUUUUGUUUCUUUUUUUUUUAUUUUGGCCAACGUGCAUUUUUAAGGAAAACACACCAAUUUACUAAUCAUGCUAAAACCUAAUUUCCGGGGGAAGGAGAGUAGGUAGCAGAGCCUAAUCAGGAAUUUUAUUUUUUUUUUAACCCGAGGCAUGGACUGGUUCUGUGAACCUCCUUUAUAACGUGCAUGUGCAUCCGUGCAGAGAGCCAAGCUGUGCCCCUUUGGUUUUGUUUUGCUUCAGCUUUGUCCGAGCUGCACCUUGUGACAACCUGAAUGCUGAACUCGCCUGAACGCCCGGCAGGCGCUGCCGGCGCGUCGCUCACUCCUCAGAUCACCAGCAAGUACUGUAGCUUUAACGAGAACCUUCCCUCUGAGAGAGCUCGCCAUCCUUAAGCUGAUUGAUUUGUUGCAAACCUGUCAUUCGGAGGGAAGUGUAAGUACCAGAUGAUCGUUAUAUUAGCCAAAUCUUAACGAGUAAUAAAAAAAAACUGUAUACAGGGUAUGCAUUGAGUGUGCAUGUGUAUAUAUUUUUGUACGUUUUUACAAGUUCUUUCCUACACUUGAUUUUAUGACGUUCAGAAGAGAGGUGUCUGAAUCUCGUGAGAAGCAAGAAGCUAUUAAGAAAACCCAACCUACUGUAGUUUUUACUAAGAACUGUGCCCGAGCAAAUACGCAGAUUUACAGUGCUAUGCAAAUAUUACUUUGUAAGUUGUCUCUUAAAUUUUGCUUAACUAGUUCACGCUGUUUUUAUUGGGCUUUCAGAAAAAGACAAACACAAAAGACUCAUCUUGUAAAAUAAAAUAGCUUUGGCUGUGUGAAAGUACUGUAUAUUAGAAUCUCAUUCACACUUUCAGUUGCUUAUUUAACUGUAUGUGAUUUUGUACAUAAUAUGCUGGCAUAGAGGAGUUUUAAUUGUGCUCGAAUGAAGAAGGGUGACAGCCCAGCAUCUGGUUUUUUUGCAGUGUUUACUGAGUAGCCAAUAAUGUAACAGGGAGAUAUGCAUCCUUUUCCUAUUUGCCACUCUGGUUUUUGUAACUAAACAUGCACUAAGGGCUAUUUUAUUUUUGCUUUGGUUGGUUUUAUUUCCAAUUAUGCCUUUUGGUCUCAGUCCUGCAAACUGAUCCAUGUGAGGGGAUCGGGUCUGCAGCAAUAACCUGGGUGGAUCAUUUUGUGGGGGCUGGGAGGUAAGAACAAGCUGAACCCUGUGGGCAUUCCCUGCACAAAGCCAGUCCUUGAGAACUGUGGAGGGACAGUGCAUUGCCAAGGCAUUUAUGGCAGCAAUAUAUAAAGUUUUGCGUGGCUCCUCCAAAUGAUCAGAAUGGGGGGGAGGGAUCUUCCUUUCCUGAAGAAUCCUCCAAAGCAAACCCAAAGCUGUAUGAUCUGAGAAGUUGAAACUGCAGUAGGGUAUGGUGGCUGUGUGGAUAGAUGCUGUUAAUUAAACCAAUUUGUCAAAUCA